CGUGCUCCUCCUCCUCCUCGCCGCCGCGGGUCCGCGGCUCCGGGUUCCGUCUCCUCGCCGCUCUCUCCGCGGGCUGCCCCCUCCACCUCCUCCAUCUCCUCGAGUUUCCUCACCCCGUUUCCCCCUCCCCCACCCCACCCCGAAGCCUUUCCCGAGACGUCCUCCUCGCCGCCGCCGCUGCCCACAUGGAGGCGGACUUCUCGGACAACGGAGCGGAGUACGAGGAGGGCGAGGAGGCGCCCAGCCCGAGUGAUGGAGGGGCCACCCCUGUGCAGGACGAGCGAGACUUCGGCUCUGACAGCGACGGAGAACAACCUGAAGGGGCGCCGUACAAGCGCUCCGCGCCGGAGCCCGGCUCCGAGUCCGGCGAGGAGGAGGGCGAGGACCGCGACGACGACGCCGAUGACGGUGACGACGCGGGACAAGCUCUGAGCAGGAGCCACAGUGAUGAGGGGGAGCGGUCGGACGACGGGGAAAGGUACGAGGAAGGCGACAGGGAGAGCGUGGACGGCGAUCGCAACAGCCCGGAGGGCGACCGCGACAGCGGCGAUGAGGCGGAGGAGCUGGAAAACGAGGAGCGAGAGGAGGGCGAACGCACCGACUCGGAGAGCGAGGCCGAGGGGGCAGGCGUGCGCCCACGGCCGUACGAGGGGGCCGCGGAGCAGAGAGAGGCGGCGGCGGCUGACAGUGACCACGAAAGCCGAUCUAGCGGAGAGGAGGUCGGUCAGCGGCGGAGCGACGAGGAAGAAGAGGACGCACACGAGGAGGACGCACACGAGGAGGGCAGGACUGGUGAAAAGAGAAAAGCCGACGUGGGCAGUGAUGAUGAGGAAGGAGAGGUGGACAAAUCGCCAGCGGUGAAGAGAAGCCGCGUUGUUUCGGACAACGAGGAGGAAGACUCUGACAGGGAGUUUGAACCGAAGAGACCAGAACCUGUGGCCGAAUCGGGCUCGGAGAGCGAUGAUGAGGCCCCGAGGAGUUCCCCUCCUCCGGCAAAGCGCGGCCGGUUGAUCUCGGACGAUGAGGACGAGGCGGAGCCCGCCGAGACGAGAAACGACGACGAACACCUCGAAGCAGAUCGCGCCGGAGACGACUCGGGAGUUGAGGAGGGUGGUGCAGCAGUCCCAGCGACGGUCGCGGCGGCGGCAACGGCAGCAGCGGCGGUGAAACGACGUCGAGGCUCUGACUCCGAGAGCGAUGCCGGUGACGGCGAGGACGGUGGUGGGGAAAAAGCAGAGGGAAAGCCAGCCGCUCGGAGAGCUCGCGUCGUAUCGGACAGCGACGACGACGACGAAGCGGAACGGAAGGAUGAGCGGCGGGUAGAACAGGAGGCGCCCGCGAGGAAAGCAAUUGUCUCGGACAGUGAGGAUGACGAGGAUGGGGAGCGGCGGCAAGAGAAGGAGCCACCGGCUAAGAAGGCCAUCCUCUGUGACAGCGAGGAGGAGGAUAAUGAGGAGAGGCAGGCCGAGCGGGAGAUGCCGGCGAGGAAACCCAAAGUGAUGGACUCGGACUCGGAGAGCGGUAGCGACGAUCCAGUCAAGGGCGGUGACGACGAGAAAACCAAGACAAAGGAGAAGCAGAUAUUUGGCAGCGACAGCGACUCUGCAGAUGAGGCGGGCGUGGGCAUCCUGAUUGCCGACAUCUUUGGGGAUUCCGACAAUGAGGAAGAGGAGUUUACGGGUUUCGGACAGGAGGAGCUGGAGAAGGAGACAUCUGCUCUGGGCAAAGAUCCCUCCGGUGAAAAAAACAAGGAGUCCGAGUCAGACUCGGAUGAAGGAGUGCGGAGGGGCAAUGAUACGGAGUUCAUCUCGGACUUCGACAUGAUGCUACAGCGCAAGCGCGAGUUGAAUCGCAGGCAGCGCCGUGGCCACCGCGAUGGCGGCACCUUCAUCAGCGACGCCGACGACCUCAUCAGCGCCAUGAUCACGCGCAUGAACGAGGCCGCGGAGGAAGACAAGAAGCUCAAUACGGAGAGGAAGCCUGCCCUGAAAAAGAUGGUCAUGCUGCCCACUGUCAUUAAACACCUCCGCAAACAGGACCUGGUCGAGUCGUUCAUCGACAGCGGGAUCCUGUCGGCCAUCCGGGACUGGCUGUGCCCUCUGCCCGACAAGAGCCUGCCCAACCUGAAGAUACGCGAAGAGCUGCUCAAGGUCCUGCAGGACCUGCCCAGCGUGCCCCAGGAGACGCUCAAGUCGAGUGGCAUCGGCCGCUCGGUCAUGUACCUGUACAAGCACCCGAAGGAGACGCGGCAAAACAAAGACCUGGCCGGCAAGCUCAUCAACGAAUGGUCGCGUCCCAUCUUCGGCCUCACCUCCAACUACAAGGGUAUGUCCCGCGAGGAGCGCGAGCAGCGGGACCUCGAGCAGAUGCCUCACAGACGGCGGCUCAGCACCGGUGGCCAGACUCCCCGCAGAGAUCUGGACAAAGUCCUGACUGGAGAAGAAAAGGCGCUGAGGCCGGGCGACCCGGGGUUCUGCUCGCGAGCCCGUGUCCCCAUGCCGUCUAACCGCGACUACGUGAUCCGGCCCAAGUGGAACAUCGAGGUCGACUCCAACCGGGGGUCUGUCAAGAAGGGCAUCAACCGCGUGGAAAAGCAGAUGAAGAAGUUUGCCGACAAACGUAGGAGCACCAAGGGGAUCCGUGCCGUCAAGAUCAGCGUCGAGGGGAACCACAUGCCCCUCUAGCCGGAGUGCGCAACUCCCACGCACGCACGCACACGAGCCCGCGUGGUAACUCCCAGCUCUCCUCCUGAGAGAGUGCACACCGUAGACAAGCAAGUGCCCGGCACCAUGAUUUGGAUAUAAAAAAAAUAUCAAA